AGGAAGUGUAUAUGGAGCAGCCACCUGGAUUUGUGGCUAAGACAGGAGCUAAUCUUGUUUGUCGUCUUAAGCGCUCUCUCUAUGGGUUGAAGCAAUCUCCACGUGCCUGGUUUGGGUGAUUUAGAGAUGUGAUCCAACAAUUUGGCAUGAUUCAAAGCAAGGCCGACCAUUCUGUUUUCUAUAAACAUUUACUUGGAAAAAGUAUAUAUCUUGUGGUUUAUGUUGAUGAUAUUGUCAUUACAGGGAAUGAUAGUGAAGGAAUAAAUCAGCUUAAGAAACAUUUGUUUCAACAUUUCGAGACAAAGGAUCUUGAAAAAUUGAAGUAUUUUCUUGGUAUUGAAGUUGCUCAAUCCAAACAAGGUAUCUAUGUGUCUCAACGAAAAUAUGUUUUGGAUAUUCUUGAAGAAACAGGAAUGACAAAUUGCAAACCAGUUGACACACCCAUGGAUCCAAAUGUCAAACUUCUUCCAAGACAGGGGGAGCUCCUAAACAAUCCAAGUAAGUAUCGGAGAUUAGUUGGCAAGCUAUUGUACUUGACUAUCACUCGACCAGACAUCUCCUUUGUUGUAAGUGUAGUUAGCCAAUUUUUGCAAGAGCCAUGUCAAAGUCAUUGGGAUGCAGCCAUCAGAAUAUUGAGAUAUGUGAAAAGGUCUCCAGGUACAGGGUUGCUCUAUAAAGAUCAUGGACAUACAGAAAUUGUUGGCUAUACAGAUGCAGAUUGGGCUGGAUGUCCUUGGGAUAGGAGAUUAACAUCAGGAUAUUGUAUUCUAUUUGGAGGUAAUCUUGUCUCUUGGAAAAGUAAGAAACAAGAUGUGGUUGCACGCUCAAGCGCAGAAGCUGAAUACCGAGCAAUGGCACUUGGAAUAUGUGAGCUAAUUUGGGUUAAACAACUUCUUACAGAACUCAAUUUCUAUAAGCAAGGUCCUAUGAAAUUAAUUUGUGAUAAUCAAGCAGCGCUCCACAUUGCGUCUAAUCCUGUCUACCAUGAAAGGACUAAACAUAUUGAGGUUGAUUGCCACUUUAUACGAGAGAAGGUCGCGUCCGGAGACAUUGUUACCACAUUUGUUGGGUCAAAUGAUCAACUUGCUGAUGUUCUCACUAAAUCUCUCCGUGGACCUAGGAUUGAAUACAUUUGUAGCAAGCUGGGAGCUUUUGAUUUAUACGCUCCAGCUUGAGGGGGAGUAUUGGAAUAUUAAAAUAUCUGCCACCUUGAGC